AUACCAUCAAACUGAACCCACUUCGUACGAAAGGAAAUCCGCGUGCGAAAAGCUGGGGUAGCAGAUAACUGCCAAUCAUCUGCGAUAAGGGGAUGUUGUGUGAAAUAUAUAUACCACCGGCUGGUGAACAACAAUGAUUGAGUGAAUGAGUCAAUUCACCGCCCGACAAGAUUCCCACAAGAGACUCAAGACGGACACAAGGCCCGCCAUUGACUCACAGGCUUGACAUUGCCAUACCUCAAAUAGCUUUCCUCACUCCAGGGUUCAUGAUGAUGGACGCUCAACAGGACGACACCUCGAAGGAGAAGAUGCAAGACAUCGUCUCUACCGCUCAAGGCCAUGUCUCCGACACUGAGAUAAGCAAGGCGGACGCCAAACGUCUUCUACUGAAGACGGACUUGGUCGUGAUGCCGUUGGCUGUGCUCAGUAUGACACUUGCCUUUCUGGACAAGAAUGCUCUGGGCUACGCAGCCAUUCUUGGUAUCAAGGAAGAUGCGAACCUCCAAGGCCAGGAAUACAGUUGGCUGAGCAGCAUCUUCUACUUCGGCUAUCUUGCCAUGGAGUUCCCUAACCUUUGGUUGAUGACCAAGGUUCCCAUCGGAAAAUACAUUGGAGUCUGUCUCUCCCUCUGGGGUUCUUGUCUCUGCUUCAUGGCUCUUUGCCACAAUUUUGCGGGACUGGCAGCCAUCCGCUUUCUGCUGGGUGUUUUCGAGGCUGCCGUAUUGCCGGCGAUGCUGAUUGUCAACUCUAUGUGGUACCGCCGUGAAGAACAGCCGCUCCGCACUGCGUUCUGGUACAAUACAUUCGCCGGAGUGUUCGGCGGCAUCUUGUCUUACGCCAUUGGACAGAUCAAGGGGUCGCUGACGACAUGGAGGUACAUCUUCAUCAUCUAUGGAGCGGUCACCGUUCUUACGGGUUUCCUUUUGUUCUUUGGUCUACCCGAUUCCCCUUCCAAAGCUUGGUUCUUCACUGCAGAGGAGAAGAGACUGGCCGUCAUUCGACUUGCCUCUAACCAAACUGGAGUUGAAUCGCACAAGAAAUUCAACACAACGCAGAUCUUUGAAUGCCUGCGCGACCCCAAGUGCUACUGCAUCUGGGUGGGUGUUUUUGCUUAUGCUAUCGCCAAUGCGGGUAUCACGAACUUCAAUCCGCUCAUCAUCGCCGGUUACGGCUUCAGCAAAACCAAGACGCUUCUGAUGGCUACUCCUCAAGCAGCCGUCGCCAUGGUCAGCCAGGCAAUUCUUACCACAAUCUCAUUCUUCGUACCGAACAUGCGAUGUAUCUUCUGGAUUGGCUCGGCCCUGGUCGGCAUGACUGGUGCCGUUAUGGUACAUGCUCUCAACUCUGAGACGCAGAGAAACGCUUCCCUGGCGGGAGUCUACCUGAUGGGCUUCUACAACGUUCCGUGGGUCUUCCUGCUCAGUUUGUCUUCUUCGAACACAGCUGGAGCAACGAAGAAGAGUUUUAUGGGGGUUUCUGUGGCAGUUAUAUAUGCCAUUGGUAAUAUUGUCGGCCCUCAGUUCUACAGAUCGAACCAGGCACCCAAGUACACUCUCGGCAUUGGUUCAAUUAUGUGUGCAUUUGCCGUUACGGCUGCUACGGGUCUCACCUACUACAUUCUCUGCAUCCUUGAGAAUAAGCGUCGUGAUGAGAAGUAUGGCAAGCCGCAUGACAAUGCCGAAGUUGGGCUCGAGGCAGAGCGGGAAGACAUGACGGAUUGCCAGAACCGAAACUUUAGGUAUACUUAUUAA